UCACAGGUGUGUCUAACAGAGGAGACCUGGUCCUCCUGGAAGGAGGAGAAGCCUGAACAAAGAUGAAUUCUUCCGUCUCCAAAGGUGGAGCCGUUCCAGCGGGAGAUCUGCAGGUGACAGAAGAUGCAGACCUAAGCGGGAAGCAGCAAAGUGAGGGUCAGGCUGGACAGCUGACAGGAAAUGAUGAUGAUCUGAUGUACUCAUUGGACAGCUCUCAAGACAGUGAAGAUGAGGGUAUUGGCAAAAAAGCGAAGAAGAAAAAGAAGCUAAAAAAGAAGAAGAAGAAGAAGGACUCCUCCUCUUCUUCAUCGUCUUCUUCUUCCUCCUCCAGUAGUUCCUCAGACAGUGAUAGUGAGGAUGAGAAGAAAAAGAAGAAUAAGAAGGAGAAAAAAGAGAAGGUCUGGGAGAGCAUUAUCAUCUUUCAGGAAGGUCCCGAGGGUCUGGAAGAACAGCUGACUGGAGAGGGCAUGCACAUGAAGCCUGAUUACGACUCAUCAGAUGAGGAAAAUGACAAGAAGAAAAAGAAGAAAGAUAAGGAGAAAAAAAAGAAGAAAAAGAAGAAGGAUUCUUCCUCCUCCUCAUCUGACAGUGAAGAUGAAAAGAAGAAAAAGAAGAAAAAGAAAACAAAGAAGAAGAAAAAGAAGAAGGAUUCAAGUUCAUCUUCUUCAGGUAGCUCUUCCUCCUCUUCAUCUGACAGUGAGCAUGAUAAGAAGAAGAAGAAAAAAAAGAAAAAGAAGAAGGACUCAAGUUCUUCUUCUUCUGAUAGUUCCUCUUCAUCUGAUAGUGAGGAUGACAAGAAAAAGAAGAAAAAGGACAAGAAGAAGAAGAAAAAGAAAAACAAGAAAAAGGAUUCCAGCUCUUCAUCUUCAUCCUCUGAUACUAAGAAAGACAAGAAGAAGAAGAAGAAGAUGAAGAAGAAGAAGAAAAAGGAUAAGAAAAAGGAUGAAGAGCAAAAGGACCCAAGCAGUGCUCUUUCAGGUGAAGGUGGUGAGACAGGAGCUCAUGGAGACAGAGAUGCUGACAAGGACAAAGAGCUUACAUCAGCAGUAGAGGGCACUCUCUCCACCACACUAGCUGGGGGAGCACAGCCGUUUCCUUAUGACAUAGAGGAUGGUCACCUGAGUGAUGAUGAGGGAGGAGGAGGGAAAGAAAAGGAUAAAAAGAAGAAGUUGAAGAAGAAAAAGGAUUCUUCUAGCUCCUCAUCUUCUUCAUCUGAUAGCUCUUCAGACAGCGAGAAUGAAAAGAAGAAAAAGAAGAAGAAAACGAAAGAUAAGGAUUCUAGCUCUUCUUCAUCAUCUUCCUCCUCUGAUAGUGAAGAUGAAAAGAAAAAGAAGAAGAAAAAGAAAAAGAUGAAAAAGAAGAAAGAUAAGGAUUCCAGCUCUUCCUCAUCCUCAGACAGUGAGGACGACAAGAAGAAGAAGAAGAAAAAGAAAAAAAAGGCAAAAAAGAAAAAGAAGCACUCAAGCUCAUCUUCUUUAUCAUCAUCUUCUUCGGAUAGUGAGGAUGACAAAAAGAAGAAGAAGAAAAAGAAAAAGAAGACCAAGAAAAAGAAGGAUAAGGACUCUAGCUCUUCCUCUGACAGUGAUGAUGACAAGAAGAAGAAGAAGAAGAAAAAAAAGAAGAGCUCCAGCUCUUCUGAUGAAAGCUCUUCUUCUUCUGAUAGUGAUGGCAGCAAGGUACAAUGUGCAGUUAUAAAAUCAAACAUACAGUGAAACAAAGUUGUUUUACCACAAUGUUCUUAUUGUAGAAGAAAAAGAAACACAAGAAAAAGAAGGACAAGAAAAAGAAGAAAAAGAAGGUGGCCGAUUGAUCGUUCAAGCAUCUGUGUGAUUUAUUUGGUUCACAGAAAAGACUAAAAAUGCAUCAAUUGUUAUGUCCAUAUAGGAUUCCUCUUCCUCCUCUUCUUCUAGUGAUGAUGAGAAAAAGAAGAAGAAAAAAGACAAGAAGAAAAAGAAACACAAGAAAAAGGACUCGGGUUCUUCUAGCAGUGAUGAUGACAAGAAGAAGAAGAAGAAGAAGAAAAAAGACAAAGAGAAAAAAAACUCCAGUACCUGCUCAUCCAAAUCAUCUGACGGCAACAAGGAGAAUAAAGCGGAGAAGGACAAGCAGGAAAGCCCUGAAGGUGACCAAAGCAGUGAGCCCAAACCAGGGUCUUCAGACUCAAGCAUCGGCUUACCUUCUUUCUCCAGUGGUGUCAGCUCUGCUCAGAGCGGCACAGGAUCCUCGUCCUUUGUGUCUCUCUCCUCCACCGUGAAGAUGGAUCCUCCGAAACCUUCAGCCACCUAUAGUUUGUCAUCUGCAUCCAGCGGUGCUAGCUCUGAUCAGAGCGGCAUGGGGUCCUCAUCCUUUGUGUCACCUACCUCUGCUGUGAAGACGGAUCCUUCACCCACCUACAAGUCGCCUUACACCAGCACCAACCUGAGUGUUGGAGACAAAGCUCCCACUCACAGGUCCAGAAGCCCCAUGGAGGCCUUGAUGGGGAAUCCCAGGAGGUAUGGAGAUGGGACGACCAGGACCACCACCCUCUCCUCAAGUGACCUCCUGAGAGGCCCCAAGCCUUACCAACCAUAACAUGACCAGAUGAAAGCAGUGCUGCUCAAUCUAGAUCAAUGCUAACAAUGCUUUUGGGUAUGCUUUACGGCUGAUUCAAACAUGGUAAUUUAACAUACAUGCAAGUCAAAGAUAGCUUCAGCUCUGUUUUCUUCUUGAGGGUUAACAACGCUAAUAAAAAAAAAUACAUUUUGUUGGGGUUUUUUGAACAUGAAAGUGGGGGAAAUGUUUUUUUUUUUUAUUUUGAAGCAAAAUUUCAACUGCAUUAAGGAAUUUAAAAUGCUUUGGGCAAUAAAACUGUGAUGUCAUUAUUUUGUGUUUAUUGUACCCCACAAUUACAGAUGCAAGACUUUUCUAGAAUUGCGUGUCUCUGUUUGGAACAUCCAGGAUGUGCUAAACUGAUUGUAAACUUGCUAAAGAUUUAAGAUAUAAA